GCGUUCUCAGGGUACGCGCCCUGCCCCCAGAGCCGCUCACAGAACGGCCAGCUCAGUGCUUUGAGGGGGAAGGGGGCCAUUUAGCGAGCAGGCCAAACGUGUCAGGGAGGGAGCUUGGUCCUGCCGUGAGGGCGGGGACUGGACUCGGGGUCCCUUCCAGCUCUAGGAGAGACGUACAUCUCUCUAUUAUUAUUAGCCCGGAGCCCCCAGCUCCGAAGGGCUAAAAGCUGAAACGCCGGCUCCCAGAUUGCCAUGAAAGAGACAAGGCGGACCAGAGCCGCGGGCGCUCUGCCUGGUGCGGAGCAAGCGGCACACACCGCCACGGCGCACUGACUACGGGGAUGUGUCCUGCAAACAUGAUGUGUUUAUCUGCACCUCGCCAGGGGGACAGGGAGGGGCUCGUCACCCCCUCUCCGGAGAGGGGAAACCGAGGCACAGAAGGCGGAGCCAGGAAGGAGCCGGGUUUAGGGGCCUACGUUCUGGCUCCACUCUGAUCCGCAAAACUCCCGCCGCACUUCGUAGGCACCAAAGCGUCACUGGGCACCUGCGGCUGCCUCUGGGUAGGCAGGUGGGCCCUCCGCUCGGGCCCACAAAGACCUGUGAACCGGGCGGAGGCCGGCGCGGGCUGCCCCAGGCGUGCGCCAGGCCGGAGAUGGCAGGCGGGCGCGGCGUGCAGCUCCGAGCGCAGUCCCGUUCAGACGCGGGGUGGAGGAGCAGCAGCUGGCGCCCAGGUAGCUCCGCCCUGCGGCGAGAGGGGAGGGGCAGACGCAGGUUCGAUCCCCCACUAGAGAAGGAGAAAGGUAGGGAGAGACCCUCCCUGGAGCUCCGUGUGCAGGGGGUCCCGGGGCCGCAGGCUGCCAGAGAGGCCCAUGAGCUCCGAGCUCCGGGCUGACGCAGGCCCCGUUGUUCCCCGGGCAGAGCGCUUAGACCCACACCCAGGCUGGCUUUCCAGACAGCUCCUCCAUCCCCAUGCCGGGCUCCGGGCGUGGUCUGGAAGCCGAUUGGUGCAGCUCUGGGGUGGGGCUGGCUUGGGGCUGUUUCCCAGACGCGCCGGCGAGAUGAACACCCACGGCUGGGACGUCGCUGCAGCUGGUAAAGCAGGUUCCCGACCGCCCCACUCGCCCGCUCUCGCUUGGGCCUCUGGGACCCUUCCCCGAGCUGCUCGAGUCGGUGAGCUCCCUUCCUAAGCCCCCCGGAUGUCGGCCUUCGUAGCCCCGCAGACCCUGCAGCAGGCGCUGGCCGUGCUGGUGUGCACCUUCCAGCGCUACGCCAAACAAGAAGGCAACCGAUUCACGCUCAGCAGGAGGGAGCUGAGGGAGCUGCUGGAGACGGAGCUGCCCAGCCUGGGCAAUGUCCAGGUGAAGGAAGGUGCCUUCGAGGAGCUGAUGAGCAUCCUGGACACUAACGGAGACGAGGAAGUUGACUUCCAGGAGUACAUCCGCUUCGUGGCCGUGGCAUGCACCUUGAGCCACGAGUUCUUCUUGGACUUCCCCGCGGCCCUGCCCCGUGGACAGUGAAGCUGCCCCGGCUGGCGCAG